UUUUCAGCCUGAGACCUUUGGAUCCUUAGCAACCCGACGCCUGCUCACAGCCAGUUUUAAGGAAUGACAGCUGAGUGACAGACUCUUAAUGUCACUCAACAGCACAUGUUUCAGCCCAUCAGGAUAAACAACCGAUUCACACUGCGAUAAAGUGCAGAGAUCGAGAAUGUCAGGCGACUCACCUCAGAAUGACAGUGAGUGUGGGUCAGCUCGUCGUGUGAGCAGAGAAUGGUGGCUUCACGUGGGUUUGUUGUGUGUUCCUCUGCUCGCCGUGUAUCUGCACAUCCCUCCGCCACAGCUGUCACCUGCGCUUAACAGCUGGCGCACUUCCGGUCACUUCUUCACAUUCAGAGGCAAUGACAUCUUCUAUAAAGAGUCAGUUGGAGUUGUGGGAAGCUCUGAUGUCCUUGUGUUGCUUCAUGGCUUUCCUACGUCAAGCUAUGACUGGUAUAAGAUCUGGGAUUCUCUGACGCAGCGCUUCAAUAGAGUCAUCGCCCUUGACUUCCUGGGCUUCGGUUUUUCUGACAAACCGAGGCCGCACCGGUACUCCAUCUUCGAGCAGGCCAGUGUUGUGGAAGCUCUAGUUGCCCAUUUGGGUUUGUCAGAGCAGAGGAUCAACAUCCUAUCACACGACUACGGAGACACUGUUGCUCUCGAGUUACUGUACAGGAGUGACCACAACAGAAGCGGACACAUCAUUGUAAACAGCCUCUGCCUAUCAAAUGGAGGUAUAUUCCCAGAGACUCAUCAUCCAAGAUUCCUUCAGAAAGUGCUGAAGGACUCCGGCUUUAUUUCACCUGUACUCACUCGUCUGAUGAACUUCCAGCUUUUCUCCAGAGGAAUUAAGGAAGUGUUUGGACCGUACACCCAGCCAACAGAAGCAGAAGUCUGGGACAUGUGGACAGGCAUUCGCUUUAAUGAUGGAAAUCUUGUAAUGGACAGUCUUUUGCAAUACAUUAACCAGAGGCUGAAACACAGAGAACGAUGGGUGGGCGCUCUAACUUCGACUUUAACACCCCUGCACAUGAUUUAUGGACCCCUAGAUCCAGUUAAUCCACAUCCGCAGUUUCUGCAGCUUUACCAGAAACUAGUGCAGAGAUCCACAGUAUCUGUUCUAGAUGAGCACGUGAGUCAUUAUCCACAGCUGGAGGAUCCCACAGGAUUCUUUAAUGCCUAUCUCAGCUUUAUCAACUCAUUCUAAGCCGGGGGAUGAUCGGAUCAUUCUGAAGCGAGAAAUAAAGUGAAAUUAUGUUCCAAAUAAGGUUGAAAACAUACAAACCCAUUAAUAUACCGCAAAGUAUUUCUGAUGCAAGUCAUGUGACUGAAUGCAUGAAGUAUUGCACCAAAUGCCCAAUCAUUGCAAGUACUUGUUAAUGAAUUUGCUCAUAUUGUAUGCCAUAACUUGUAAAUACAUUUGUGUAACAAACAUGAAUGCUUUUUUUGGAAAUAAUAAAUAAUUCUUAUUAUA